CUCAGACUGAAAGCAUUUACAUAGUCACGAAGCACCCACCGGGAACUAGUCUGCACCGCUGACACCACACAUUUACACUCUCAAGCUUUCAUUUUCACUCAUUCAAAAGUCGGUCCAAGCUGCAAGCAAGAAGCGCAGGCUGUGCGUAAUUGCGAUCAUGACGCGCGGGUGAUCCGGGCUGGAUGUGGAUCGAGAUUCAAGCUACCGGUGUAAGAGCAGCCAUUCGCCCGUCCAACAGGCUGCUGCAGUUGGGACGGGGGGGAUGAGAGAUGUCCCCCUCACUCAUGGACACCAGGGAUGGACCCAGCAGCCCCUGCUCCCUGUCAGCUGAGGAGAGCAACAGCAACACAGCCGGAUCGGAGAGAGAAGGAGAGGGACAACAGGUGGGAAACACAGGGAAGAGAAGACAAGAGAAGAACAGAGAGGCUGCCAGGAAGACCCGCCGAAAGCAAACGGAGAGAGCUGACGAACUUCACGAGGAGCUCCAGCGUCUUGAGCAAUCAAACUGCACCCUCAAAAAUGAGAUCGCCGGAUUGCAAAAAGACCGCAACCACUACAUGAAAGCUCUGGCACGUCACGAGCCUUACUGCCGCCUCAAAGUGUCUGAGGCCGUCUCAGGUGGCUGUCAGAGCACUUCCAGCCCUCCAUUGAUAUUCGCUCCCCAGGCUUUGAGCUCCAUUCUGGCUGCUCCCCCUUUGGGCUCCUCCAGCCUGGGUCAUCAAGCCCAGCUCUCAUCCUCAGCUUCUCCUCCAACAUACUCCUUGUCUUCUGGCUCGUCUGCCUCCGGGCCUGCGACUCUUCCUUAUUCCAUGCCAGAUCAUCACUCUUUGUUCAGCAAAGAGCCUCCAAUCACCACAAGUCCGACAGGGGCUACGCCUCUUUGCACCAGCGUCCUUUCAACCUCUACUACCUCCAGUGUCCACACCGCAGCUGCUCAGCCUCAAACUAGGCGAGACAUCAUCCACAAAAUCUCCUCUGUGCCUGCAAAUGCAUGUUUUCCUCCUCUUAAGUCAGGAACAUUGGAGGCUUUUUUAAUGGAAAAAACCCUUUUGGUGCCCCCUUUCCAACAUUUGGUGGGACAAAUUGGAGGCCCAGCAUCCCAAGCAUGUCCCAUGAAUGUGCCCCAGCUUCCUCUGGGUCAGCACAGUGGAAAUCCAAACAUCUCGAGUCCACUGUUACCACCAACUCUUCAGGAUCCUGCUGGUCUGUCGCCUCAUGCUAACUUGGAGCUGCCUCUUGCCUCCUUUGGUUACAGACAACAAACACCCAAUCAAGCAUCUCUGCUCUCCCUCCUCACCCUCCCGAGCCCUCUGAACAGCAGCAGCAGCUCUGACGCUCAGCCUCCGCCCUUGCUGCCACUACCAGGCGAUCCCUCAACUGACCUUUCUCUUUCUGAGCUGCUAGAGGUCAAUGACUGGAUCCUAACUGGAACUAGUGAUCAAUAACACUACGUGUAACAUGGUGAUGGAGAACCAGAGUCCCUAUUUAAAAUGUCCUAAUUGACAUUUUUACAUUACAUUAAAACUAUUUAAUUGAACUCUUAUGAUUUAGAUUUCAUAUUUCUUUCAGGCAGAUUUCUUACUAUCUUCCAAUAGAACUCACUGUAAAAUACACGGUUUUUCCAGAGAGAUUUUUACAUCUGACAUCCAGUUGGCAGUUAUUUAUGGAAAACUGGCAUCAGAAAAUGAACCUAUGUCUGAGCUGUUGCUCAUAAUCAUGUCAUUCUUCUCCUAAAGGGAUACUCUCGCAAUUUCAUCCAACUAAGAGACCCAGAAAAGGCCAAUAUUUAAAAAGCAGAGGUCAAAAUAUCUGGAUACUUAGUUCAAAGGUUCAGGUUAGGUUCCAACAAUGCCCUGUCUAACAUUUCCCAUAAUGUAACCUGUAGAAUGUUUGAUUAGAUGUUCAACGUCUGGUUUUAUAAAACAUGUUUAUUGAACCUAAUGCCUUCAUUCAUAGCACAAGCUUUCUGAUAUCACUGAAGCCCAAACUGAGAUUAACCCUGAUGACAACACUAUAACUGUCUUUUUCUCAGAUUGACCAGAGCUAUAGACGACAACAUAUGAUGGUUUCCAUAAGCUGUGUAAUGCUCAAAAUCAAAUAAUCCUUAAUUAAACAAUCAUAAAAUCCUUUCCCAAAAAACAACUACGUAAAGGAAACUCAAACUAAUUUCCUGCAGCUUCUAAAUACUCCAUCUCUCCUUGAUAACAGGCAAAGCUUUGUUCAGUAAACGAGAAGCUUGUGAGUCCAGCUCAAAUCCAGCAAGGGAAACUUUUUCUCAGUUUUAAAUUUGUAAAAAUGUAUAAGUGGGUGUCAUUCCUUUCAGACAAACACUGACUCAGCACUCUAAACUUUGACUUGUUAUUUAAAAAAGAGGUGGAGUAAAGACUUCCUCACCACUUCAUGGAAAAGGAGAAAAUGUCCUUAUGUGCCUGCAGCUGCAAUAUAUGACAGGGCCAAAGUUAACCACAGAGUCUGCAAACUGGCUGCAUGUGACAUUCAUCCAGAUUUAACAAGAGGAAAGUAUCUUAUUUUACUCUUGUCUUUGUUUUACCAUGUUGAAAAAAACUUUCUAACAUAUUUCACUGCUUAUAAUAAUUUAUUUAUGCAAGAAAAAUGUGCCAUGUCACUAUUAUUCUUAAUAAAUACUGUUGGUUGUUGGACCCUCUAGUGGACAAAUUGGUGUUUGAAUUGCAGCAAUGAAUUCAAUUUUUGUGAUAAGACCCUUAUGUGCAGUCAAAUGUAUGUAAAAGAUCAUCAGUCAGCUUUUUAGAAACUAACGUGUUUUCAUGUGCAGCACAGU